AGAUGACGUAACAGAUUGACAGUCAUCUUCGAUUCUUCCCAGCGUCGGGCAUCGUGCUCGCAGGCUUGCCUAUCCACCUUAUCAUGGUCGGGGCCUCCUCUUCGAAGCGGGCGGCACAGAAAGUGGACGAGAGUGAUUCUGAGGAGGACGUUUUUGUCCGUCUGCUUCUGAAGGAACAGAAGGCUGCGAACGCGAAUCCUCCUCCCACGAAAUCGAGAAACGCCGUAGUCGACGCGUUUAUCGGCAAAUCAAAGAAUCAGAAUGGUCUUAAACCAAACACAGCGUUUUUGAAUCGCAUAGUGCAAGACACGAACUCUCACAAUCAUGCCUUGCUUAAGAAAGAAGCUCUGGAUGCGGUCGCCAAACUACGUGAUUUCAACAAGGCAAAUCCGAUAGCAAACGAUCUCUCCCGCAGUGAGCGAGCACCAAUUACAUUUGAGAAGGCGCGCGAAUUUCCCCAGCGAGCAGCCGCCGAAAGAUCUACUCCAUCAGCUGCUCGAAUAUCUAGCGAUGAAUCAAGACCUGGAUACAUCUCAGAUGAAAGCAUACCUUCAUCGAACGAGAGCCAUGAGCGAAGUAGAAUGGAUGCGCAUAGAUCAAAACGAAGGAAGGCACUCAAGAGUGAACAUGAGUCUGAACAUAGUGAAGAGAGGAGCAGAUCUGAUCGCAGACGUCAUCACUCUACAGCUCGACUCGAGCGACCCUCUGACGAUGGGUAUGACGCGCAAAGAAAUUACGUUAAAUUUAUGACUCAUGACUCUGACAACUCAUACAAUCAAUAGGGACACGCAACAG